UGAGAAGGCUGUCUGAGGAUUUAGGAGUUCAAGAAUUUGUGGAAUUUAAAAUAAACAUUCCAUUUGAUGAAUUAAAGAAUUAUUUGUCGGAAGCAACAAUUGGUCUGCAUACCAUGUGGAACGAGCAUUUUGGGAUUGGAGUUGUGGAGUGUAUGGCAGCUGGCACAAUUAUCCUUGCACACAAUUCAGGGGGCCCGAAGCUUGACAUUGUUGUUCCUCACGAAGGAGAUAUAACUGGCUUUCUGGCUGAGAGUGAAGAAGGCUAUGCUGAAACUAUGGCUCACAUUCUUUCCAUGUCUGCAGAAAAGAGACUUCAAAUCAGAAAAAGUGCCCGUGCAUCUGUAAGCAGAUUCUCUGAUCAGGAAUUUGAAGUGGCAUUUCUAUCAUCUGUAGAAAAGUUAUUUUAGUAAUGCCAUAUCUGUAAAAUUAAAGAUAUUUUAUAUAAAAUGGUUAAAAACCUUCAUAUGUAAAUAUUUUUCUAAAUUCAAUCUCAUUUGUCAAAUCACUUUACUUUAGAAAACAGGAAAGAAAAUUUCCUUUUAGAAUAAAAGGAAGUGUUGAAAGGAAAAUAGAUGACCAGACUUCGGCUUUCAUUCUUGGCCCACAUGAGAGAAGGUGGCUGCUGAAAUGAAUGCGAACCAGGUUGUGGAGAGCCUUCUGGCUUUGAGCCAACAGGAAGAACUGGUGGAUUUGCCAAAAGACCACCCCUUGAGUGAGAGUGAAGAUGAGGGGGACAGUGAUGGAGAGAGAAAGCAUCAAAAGCUUCUGGAAGCAAUCCGUUCCCUUAAUGGAAAGAAUAGGCAGAAAUUGACUGAGAGGUCUGAGGCUGGUCUGAAGGUGUUAGAGUUCAAUGUCAGUUCUGAAGGAUCAGGAGAAAAGCUGGUCCUUGCAGAUCUGCUUGAGCCUGUUAAAACUUCAUCUUCUUUGGCCACUGUGAAAAAGCAACUGAACAGAGUCAAAUCAAAGAAGGUAGUGGAGUUACCUCUUAACAAAGAAAAGAUUGAACAGAUCCACAGAGAAGUAGCAUUCAGUAAAACCUCACAAAUCCUCUCCAAAUGGGACCCUGUCAUCCUGAAGAACCGGCAGGCAGAGCAACUGGCUUUCCCCCUAGGGAAGGAGCAGCCAGCCAUUGCCCCCAUUGAACAUGUGCUCAGUGGCUGGAAGGCAAGAACUCCCCUGGAGCAGGAAAUUUUUACCCUCCUCCAUAAGAACAAGCAGCCAGUGACAGACCCUUUACUGACUCCCAUGGAAAAGGCCUGUCUCCAAGCCAUGAACCUGGAAGAGGCAAAGAUGCACCGAGCAGAGCUUCAGAGGGCCCGGGCUCGGCAGUCCUACUAUGAGGCCAAGGCUCAAAGAGAGAAGAAAAUCAAAAAUAAAAAGUAUCACAAAGUUGUAAAGAAAGGAAAGGCCAAGAAAGCCUUAAAAGACUUUGAGCAGCUGCAGAAGGUUAAUCCGACUGCAGCAUUGGAAGAACUGGAAAAAAUUGAAAAUGCCAGAAUGAUAGAAAGAAUGAGCCUUAAGCACCAAUCCAGUGGGAGAUGGGCCAAGUCAAAGGCAAUUAUGGCCAAAUAUGACCUGGAGGCUCGCCAAGCUAUGCAGGAACAGUUGACCAAGAACAAAGAACUGACAGAGAAACUCCAGGUAGCGUUUGAGAGUGAAGAAGAGGAGGGAGGCACAAAAGUAGAAGAACUCUUUGUUCCUGAGGUAGUGAAUGAAGUGCAGAAGAAUGUGGAUGGGCUGAAUCCCUGGAUGCUCAGGAGCUACACUAGUGACACCAAAGAGGUUGCAACCCAGGAGAACCCUGAGCAACUGCCAGAGCCUGCAGCCCAUGAGGUUUCUGGAAGUAAGAAAGAAGAAAGACCAGCGGCAGAGGAAGAAAUUUUGUUGAGAGGAUUUGAGGAAAGGAGAUCCCUUAGAAAAAGUUCUGAGCUCAACCAAGAUGCUGAGCCAGCAGGCAGUCAAAAAACAAAAGAUUCUAGCAGCCAGGAGGUGCUGUCUGAAUUGAGGGCACUAACUCAGAAACUGAAGAAAAACCAUCAGUCCAGGAAGCAAAAAGCAAGUUCAGAGGGGACUGUUCCCCAGGUCCAGAGAGAGGAAGCUGCCCCAGAAGAAGAGGAGUCCCUGUUGCCAGAGAGGCCAGAGAGAGUACAGACUCUGGAAGAGCUGGGAAAAGAAGAUUGUUUUCAAAAUAAAGGGCUUCCCAGACCUGUGUUAGAAGGGCAGCAGUCAGAGAGGACCCCAAAUAAUUGGCCUGAUGCCCCUAAGGAGAAGAAGAAGGAGCAAAUGAUCGACCUACAGAACCUCCUCACCACACAGUCUCCUUCCAUGAGGUCUUUGGCAGUUCCCACAACAAUAGAGGAGCUGGAAGAUGAAGAGGAGAGAGACCAAAGGCAGAUGAUAAAGGAAGCUUUUGCUGGGGAUGAUGUCAUCAGAGAUUUCUUGAAAGAGAAGGAAGCCGUAGAGGCGAGUAAGCCAAAAGACAUGGACCUGAUACUACCUGGCUGGGGUGAGUGGGGUGGUGUGGGCCUAAAGCCCAGUGCCAAGAAAAGACGCCGGUUUCUCAUUAAAGCCCCAGAGGGUCCUCCAAGAAAAGAUAAGAAUUUGCCAAAUGUGAUUAUCAAUGAGAAGCGCAACAUCCAUGCAGCGGCUCAUCAGGUACGAGUGCUUCCAUAUCCAUUUAUCCACCAUCAGCAAUUUGAAAGGACCAUGCAGACCCCCAUAGGAUCCACAUGGAACACUCAGAGGGCUUUUCAAAAGCUGACUACUCUCAAGGUCAUUACCAAGCCCGGCCAUAUCAUUAAGCCCAUAAAAGCAGAGGAUGUGGGCUACCAGUCUUCCUCAAGAUCAGACCUGUCUGUCAUACAGAGGAAUCCAAAACAAAUCACCACACAUCACAAAAAACAGCUGAAGGAAAACUCUGUAGAUUGAGUAGCUGGAGGAGUGACAGCCUGGAGCCUCGAAUCCACUUCCUUUGGUCCAGUUUGACUCUGCUACAGGGUGGAUUCCAAAACUAGUUCAGCACAUUGCAUGUAGUUCAGCCACAUUUAAAAAAAAAAAAAAAAAAAAUGGAUGACCGUUAGUUAACUAGUACUUUAGAAUUUAUCGGACAUUUUUAGAACAGAAAAAUUUGGUACAUUUAAAUUCUAAACAAUACAGUGGAUGACCCUUUUGAAUAUACCUAAUGAUUUCCUUAAAA